ACGAUACCAACUCGUAGCCAUUCACAGUCACGCAGAGACUGCGUAUGCUAGCUACGUGAAUGGUUGGUUGAUUGCUUUUUGACAAUUUGUCGUGAGUCAUUUGACACGACAACGACAUUUGAACUCUGUGUGCAUUUGUAAUGGAACUGAAGCCUAAAAUACACUUUUGUGUAUCGUAUUGAUUUCAAACAACUGCAACAUUCGUUUGCUACAUUUUUUAGAAGAGAAAUAAGCACGACACGGACAUGCUAUUUUCGAACAAAUAAACCAAAUCCAUUGAAAACAAUGACAACCAAGCGACAACAAACAAACAAACGGUCGGCGGCCGGCACAGUGACAACACAAACACUAUUGGAUUUUGAUUUGAGUGAGAGUUCGGAUGACAGUGAUUUUCGGAUAGAGGAUCAUGAUGAUGAAAGUGACUGUUCGCUAAACUCAAAUGAUGAUCACAGCGGAAACGAUGAUUCGGAUGAUGAUAGUGAUAAUGAAGAAUCAGACUCAGACGAAUCCGUGGACGACACAUUUGCCGAUUUGAAUCGGAAAAUAGAUGGCAAAAAUGAAAUGAUGUCGACGACACAGCUUCUGGAACAAAAUGUUGCGAAGGAUACAUUUGAACGAUCUCAAGCAAAAAUUCUGGCCAAACCGAUUUGCUGCGCUUGUUUGGGCGAUCGAAGUGAUGAUACCAACGAAAUUGUUGAAUGUGAUAAUUGUGGCAUAUCAGUUCAUGAAGGUUGCUAUGGAAUUAGUGAUUCGACCAGUGUAUCCAGUACAGUAUCAUCAUGCUCCACCGAACCAUGGUUUUGUGAAGCAUGCAAAGCAAAUAUAAGCAACCCAAGUUGUGAGUUGUGUCCGAACAAAGGUGGCAUUUUUAAGGAGACUGACGUUGGAAAAUGGGUGCACCUUGUAUGCGCUUUGUAUGUGCCUGGAGUAGCAUUUGGUGAAGUUGAUCAUUUGUCAUCUGUUACUCUAUUUGAAAUGCCAUAUAGCAAAUGGGGAGCUAAGACUUGUUCGCUCUGCGAUGACGCACGAUUCGCGCGGUGUGGCGUUUGCAUUGGUUGCGAUGCUGGUAUGUGCAAAACUUACUUUCACGUAACAUGCGCACAAGCAGCUGGUCUGUUACAACCAUUUGAAGCACAUUCUGAAGAAGCCGAUCACGCCGAUCCAUUUUAUGCCCACUGCAAAAUUCAUUCAGAUAAAACGUUGAUCAAACAUCGUAAGCGCAACUAUGACGUUCUUCGUUUGAAAAUGAGUUACCGUAACGCAAACAUUGCACAACAAAAGCAACAAAACGCUAGUCCUGAACAAAAACGCAUCGAACGUAAACUCAAGAAGCACCGAAAUAAGUACAUUAGUAAUAAAUCUAUUAAGAAUGAACCAUGGGUUCCAACACAAAAAAUGCCACGAUUGCUCACUACCAGCGCUUCUGCAUGCCGAAGAUUAUUAACGAAGGCCGAAUUGAUGGGAAUAGAUGUGGCUGCUUUAGAAUUCCAAGAAGCACAGAUCGCUUCCUUGAACGAUGUCCGAAAGAAGUGGCAUAUUCAACCCUCUCUAUCUGUUGAAUUUAUUGGAUAUUAUUUAGAUAGGAUCUCAAGAUCGAAAGAUGUUAAGAAAAAUUUACAGGAACAAAUAGAAUUGAAUAAGACUUUAGUCAACGAACAGCAAUCGCUUCGCGAGAAAUACGAUGAGUGUAUUGCGAUUCGUGCAGAACAUGCGGCCAGGAAAAGCGAGCUGACGGAUAAAAUUGAAAAACUGCAUUCCUCAAUUGCAGCUCUGUGUCCAAACAAAACGUUAACAUCAAUUGAUAAUAUCAUUGCACAGCAUGUUGAAACGGCACCGAAUCCUGCACCACUACCACCGUUAACGAGACCGAUGUCAGUGCCCACGGCUGCUGCCCUUAAAAUGGGUGUCGGCUUUCCUCUGACGAUUCCUGGACCAAACGAUGACACCAAUCGAAUUUUAAGUACACAAUGCCAAAAUAAGCCCGAACUUUUGUAUGAAUGCGGCAUUUGCAAACGAGUCAAUGAUCAACAUUUACUUGCCAAAUGUGACACAUGUUUGAACAUGUUUCAUUUGGGUUGUUUGAACCCGCCACUAACACGGCACCCGAAAAAGUCCAAAAUGUAUGGAUGGCAGUGUUCCGAGUGUGAUGAGGAUAAUCCAGAAGGGGUGGUGCAAUUGACAUCUGGACCAAGAAAAUCCCGAACGAAAUAUAGCAAAGAUGGCACCAUUGUACCAUUUGACUCAUCACGCGACGUCAGUAUGGAUGAAAGUGGUGCCGAUGGUGAUGAUGACAAGUCAAACGUGCAAUCUGCAAAAAGUCCCAUUCAAACAAAAUCACCGCCACCAUCACCAACGAAGAGAGUCAGCAAAAAAUGUGAUAAAGUCGAAAAAACGCCAGUCAAAAAGGAUAAAACGAUUUUGGAAGAUGGAAUCAUCAGUCCAGCGCACACAAAUAAUUCGAUAAUUGAAUCAAAUAAGUCUGAAAGUGGAAAGAGUAUAAAGAGUCCAUCCAAAUGUAAAAAGUCACUAAGUGGAUCAUCUUCGAAUCUAGAUAAAGUCAUUGAAGCUGUUUCAAAGGGUAUUUUGGAUGAAUGUCAUGAAUCGAAUACCGAAUUAGAUAGUAAUCAUAUUGAAAUAAAACCAAUAAAAUCACCCAAAGUUAAUGGCAUCCAAUCCAAAUUGAACGAUACAAAAUCGCCGACAAAAUUAGAAAAAUCAAGUCCUCAACCUAAGGUAAAAGCAAGUAAAAAAUCCAAAAAGGAGAAAGACAAGGACAAGAAUAACGAUGAGGACAAGCAAAAGGAAAAGGCAAAAGAUAUAGAAAAGGAUAAGGAUAAGGAUAAAGUUAAAGAAAAAGAAAAGACUAAAGUGAAAGAAAAAGCGAAACGUAAAGAGAAGCUUAAGUCAAAUACUGUUCCGAAUUUACCACAGACUGAUAAAGAAAUUGAUAAAUUAAUUAAAGAAAUUGUGGAGUCUAAAGUGGAUGUGAAUGAACCUAAGACUAGGAAAUGUGUGGUCGAAAACAAAUCCUGUGAAAAUUCGACUGAUUUGAUGAAAAUGGAUAUGUCAGUUAGUUCAAGCAAUAACUCAGAAGUGAAUACAUCGAAAGACACAAAACCUCUAUUAGCGGAGAAUUCAAUGAACAGUGAAGCCUCCAAAGAACAAGCUGCAUUAUUGAAUGGUAAAAUCGAAAACACAAUACCAACAACAAAAACCUUAGAUGCUGCAGUUGAACGCAAACAAAGUAGGAAGCGUCGAAAGGAGAAGCAUCGUAGCAAACAUGGUCCCGAUGCUGAACGAUCGUCAUCCAAAGAGCACAAAAAGAAAAGGAAGAGAAGAAGCCACGAUCACGAAAAUCCAGAAUCAUUCCCUCUAGCCGACGGAGUGCCCAAAAUCAAAAUAAAGUUUAAAACGUUACCAGCGUUGCCUGGCGAGACUGCCGCUGAAUCGCAUUUCUUCUAUGUGCCCGCCAAUAUGGUAAGACCAAGAGAAUUUCGAAGAACACGGCCAGCUUCGGUAAAUUCGAUAGACGAUGUUACUUCAACGCCAUUCGCUCAGAAAUCACCACCAUCAACUGUAUCAUCAUCACCUUUGAGUACACCCCAGAAAAACAAAUCUUCCGCAGAAUCUAUUGUUCGAACAUCAACGCGGCGUUCAUCUGUUUUGCAAAGUCCACCAAAGGUCAACCCCAGACGUACAUCAACACCCAUUAGUUCGAAUUCAAUUGAUACGAAUGAAAUUCAAGUCUGUUAUGUGUGCCAAGUGCAAGGAACAGCACAGGACUUAGUCAAAUGCGAUGAAUGCAAAAAGAGCUAUCAUUUCCGGACGUGUUUAGAACCACCAUUACUCAAGACCCCCAAAAGACGUGGAUAUUCGUGGCAUUGCGCUGAUUGUGACCCAACGGACAAAGAAGAUAACUAGCAUACAAAGAAAGUGUUUAGAUGCGUAAAUCCUUCAAAAAAAACACGCAAUCAUAACAAAGAGUUGUACAAAGUGAGACUUGCUACUGGGAAUUCGUUUUAGAAAGAUUUCCGGUACAUAACCAUUUUAUUUCAAUAGUAAUUUUAUUCAAAUUUAUCCGUCUCCCCCUUUUUAAUACGUUCAAGUAUUAUUUAAAAUGACUGUGCUUAAUUAUUUGAGGUGACAACGUAAUUAUAUUCAUUAAAGACAUGAAAUCAAUUGUCAUAAUAGAAAA